AAUGACUGAAACCCAAUAUCUAGUGUUAAAGAACACGAUCACACGCUUGUUACAACAAUGCAAGAACAUGAGAGAGCUGAAAAAGAUUCAUACUUUGAUUGUAACAUCACCUCUCUUAUCGAAAACUGACCAUUAUUUUCUAAUUUCUCGUUUGCUCUUUUUCUGUGCAAUGUCUGCUUCAGGUUCUCUUAGUUAUGCAGCUAAUUUGUUUCAAACAAUUCAGAAUCCGAACCUCUUUAUGUAUAACGCUAUGAUCAGAGCUUACGCUUCGAAAACGAUGAAUAAUAUUGAUGGAAUUAAUCCAUACAGGGGCUUCUUUUUGUAUAAACAAAUGCUGUAUGAUGGCAUUGCUGCAGAUUGUAUCACAUUUCCAUUUCUCCUGAAAGAAUGUGUGAGAAGACAAGAUUAUGGUGCUGGUCGAAGCAUUCACAGCCAGAUUGUGCGAUACGGAGUUCAUGGUGAUGUUUUUGUUGGAAAUUCAGUGAUAAGUUUGUAUUCGGCUUGUGGGGAUGUGGAUAGUGCAAGGAAGAUGUUUGAUGAAAUGUGGGUGAGAGAUAUUGUUUCUUGGAAUUCGAUGGUUAUUGGGUGUUUAAGGUGUGGUGAGCUUGAUAUGGCGUUGGAAUUGUUUAGGAGAAUGAGUGAGAAGAAUGUUAUUACUUGGAAUUCGAUGAUUACAGGUUUUGUUCAAGGAGGUCGGCCAAAAGAGGCUUUAGAAUUUUUCCAAGAAAUGCAGGUUUUAAGUGAUGAUAUGGUGAGUCCAGAUAAGUUUACUGUUGCUAGCACGCUUUCAGCUUGUGCAUCGCUUGGUGCACUAGAUCAUGGUAAGUGGGUGCACAACUAUUUGGUGAGAAGUGGGUUAGAAUGUGAUAUGGUUGUUGGGACUGCUCUGAUUGACAUGUAUGGCAAAUGUGGAAGCGUGAAAAGAGCCUUUGAGGUUUUUGAGGAAAUGCCAAACAAGGAUGUUUUGGCAUGGACUGCUAUGAUUUCAGUGUUUGGAUAUCACGGGUAUAGUGUAGAGGCAUUUCAUCUCUUUAGAAGAAUGGUUGCAGUCCGUGUGAACCCAAAUUCUGUGACAUUUGUAGGAUUACUGUCAGCUUGUGCUCAUACUGGUUUAGUAGAGAGAGCCCGCUGGAUUUUCAACAUGAUGGAGAGCGUUUACUUAAUUAAGCCGAAACUCCAACAUUAUGCUUGCAUGGUUGAUGUACUUAGCAAAGCUGGGCUGUUUAAUGAGGCCGAAGAGCUUAUUAGAGACAUGCCCAUGGAACCAGAUGUGUUUGUUUGGGGUGCACUGCUUGGAGGCUGUCUAAUGCAUGGAUAUACUGAGCUGGGAGAAAAAGUUGCUAAUUGCUUGAUUAAUAUGCAACCUCUAAAUCAUGCUUUUUAUGUUACUUUAUGUGAUUUAUAUGCCAGAGAUGAGAGAUUUGAUGAUGUUAAGAGAACUAGAACCGUUAUGCUAGAGAGAGGGAUUAAAAAGGAACUUCCAGGCAGCAGUAUGAUUGAAGUUGAUGGCGUUGUUCAUGAAUUCUCAGUCAGAGGAUCUUCUGAGGUUGUGAUACAGGAACUAGAGUGCAUCUUGUACAUUUUAAGCAAUGAGAUGAAGAACACAAGAAAUUUAAUUGAAAGCGAAUGAUGUGUACAUCUGGAAAUUGAUACUCUGGACAUGCUUUAGUGAAUAUCCAUUGAGAAAUAUACAUUGUCUUGGCUGGAUGGCACAAAAGUUUAAUGGACUAAAUAUUCUGAAUGUUUUAAGUGCUUGUAAAACUGAGGAUGAAAAUUCAGUGCCACCCAGUGCUUCAGGCAACAAUCAUACUUCCAGCUUCUCCUCCUGCAAUGGACAUUUACGGUGGAUCACCUAGAAAUGUUCCUGCGAUGAAUGAGCACAAUCAGCAGCCCCAUGCUGUUAGGGAAGGAAGAAGAACAUUCCAAGUCAAGGAAGAGAAGAGGGACUUGGAACAAUCCCAAGGGAAGAAGAUUACUGGACCUGGUCGGACUGGCUGGAUGUGAUGUGGAUUGUGGAUAACAGAACUUAAUAGUAGCUUAAAAAAUGAUGAAGCUAUGAGGUGAUGACUUCCUGCACUUCCAGGUAUUUUUUGGUCCCUGUUUUAUUUAUUUCUUGCUAAAUUGUUUGGUCCAUGUUUAAUUCUUUCUUGUAAACACUUCACUUUUUAAUUCUAUUGUAUAAUUCCCUUUAAGUGUUAGUUAAUCGUAUAAAUAUUGGCAAUCAGAAGUUGGUAUUCUUGUUUAUUACUAUCACAUGCAUAUUCAGAUUUCUUAAUAUGUAUUGUCUUCAAUAUACAACAAAAUUAUUUGUGCAUCCUGACCUUACAUUCGUAGAAAUUAACACUUACAUCUGGAGUCUGUAAGAUCCAUUUGGAGUCUGUAAGAUUUCAAAUAAGCCAAGGUAUUGAAGUACAACCUUUUCCAAUGCAGGAUCAUUCAUCAAGUUGACCUUAAAACAGGAUUUUAUGUUUAGUUGUUUUAGUCCCAACCACCAACUCAGGCUCAACUGGGCCCAUUUAAUAAUCAUACGCGUAAUGGCAUAGUUAGUUUGACUGUUAAUAAGAGAUCUUCUUGCUCGGUUGGCUUUUUGCCGUGCCCCAUUUAAAACAAAAGCUCAAGCUGAAUAAGAGAAAGAUCUCCUUGGCUUGGCUCUUUUAUGACCAAAGGGUUUCUAGUUACGUGUAAAUGCAGAUAUAAAAAGUAAAAGAUUGGUAUAGUGAUAUCUGAUUUAUAAGUGUAAAAUAUUUCAGGGAGAACUGCAUAGUUGCAUUGAUUUUAUAUAAUGAACAAAGCUAUAGCACGGAAUUAGAAUUACUUAGAGGUAAUGAAAAAGGGAGAAAUUUAAGGGUAUGCUUGUUUAAUGGGAUUAUAUCCCUGCUUUUGAAACUUAAAGGAAUAUCAUCCCCAGAGGUCAUGACGAUCGACUCAUGUACUCUAAACUUAUAUAUUAUCCAGCAACUAGAUUUCGACAAUCUCUUUAUUUUAUGUGAUUAUUACCUAGUGGGAGAUGGUAUUACAGGAUAUCCAAAUGAAGAACUAGAAAUAACCAAAAAUUGUUCAUGUAAUUCAUUCAAGGGAUUAAGUGUAAUAAAAAGAGUACUAAUCAUUUUAGUAAAGGAUCAUAGUCAUUGUAAACAGACAUAGCCGAGAGUGGAAGUAAUAUUUAGAGAGAUAUAUGCAAAAAUGUGAUUGGAAAAGAUUGUUUUUAGGGGGACUACUAGAUGGAGAAAUCCGAGGGAUGAAGGAAAAGAAUUUAGGGUGCAGCCCUCAGGUAAGAUAAGUUCAUCUAAGAAUUAAAUAAAAAAAAACUAUGGUUAUAUUCUGAUAAUCAUGCCAUCUAUAAAAGAUCAGUAAUAGAAUAUUAUGGGCUGGAUUUGUGCUGGGACAUGAAGGGUUGGAACAUAACUCGGUAAGCUAACACCCUAUAUAUCGAUGGAAAUGAGUGAUGCCAGGUGA